GCGCCGUUCCGUUGUUCGCCAUACUUGCACAGGAGAUCCGAGCGACGAACGCACUUACUGCAAAGGCACCUAAAAUCGCUACUACACACAAUAUAAAGACAUGGCUGAGGAUGAGGUGACUCCAGAGCAGCUAGCAGCCAUCGCCGCUGAAAAUGAGGAGCCAGAGCCGGUGAACUACAAGCCACCAGCCCAGAAGUCAGUGAAAGAGAUCCACGAUCUGGAUAAGGAUGACGAGAGUCUACGCAAAUAUAAGGAAGCCCUGCUUGGCUCUGGGAUCUCUGAGUCUGAUCCCUCUACUCCCAAUGUCCAAGUGACCCAGAUGGCUCUGGUCUGUGAAGGCGCCCCAAACCCCCUGAUCCUGGACCUGCAAGGAGACCUGGAAGCCUUUAAGAAGCAGGCCUUUGUUCUGAUGGAGGGAGUUGAAUACAAAAUAAAGAUCAGCUUUAAGGUGAACAGGGAGAUAGUUUCAGGUCUGAAGUAUGUGCAGCAGACAUACAGGAAAGGAAUGAAGAUCGACACGUCGGACUACAUGGUGGGCAGCUACGGGCCUCGUCCUGCUGAGUAUGACUUCCUGACCACGAUGGAGGAGGCUCCUAAAGGAAUUCUGGCCCGCGGCAACUACGUCAUCAAGUCCAAGUUUACUGACGACGACAAGCACGACCACCUGUCCUGGGAGUGGAACCUCCACAUCAAGAAAGACUGGAAAGACUAAAAGAGGCCUUUGUGUUAGGGGAGCGAGGGAAUCCAAAUCCCCCCAGCCCCGUGCGUUCCUCAGCCACUACCCCCCCAUCCCCGCCCCGUGUCCACCAUUUCUGCCUUCUUUGUUUUUACUUUGUUGUGCAUUUCAUGCUCUCAUGCCUUAGUUCCCGCCUCGCUGUCUUAACCCCCUGGCGUCAUUCCCACCUCUGUCAGCAGCAGUAGCAUCAGCAGUAGCAGCAACCCCCCCACACCCCCCGUCCGUCCAGCCAUCACCUCCCAAACUGCCCGACAUCUCAUCGGUUGCACACGAGCCACCUCAUCACCAACCUGCCAUCCUCACUCACUACACCCCCCCCCCACUGAGCUGUGCCAUGUAGCACCUUACUCCCUCACACCCAGCCCUCCACUUUUCUUUUUUCCCAGGUUUUUGCUGCUUGAAGAGAUUAACCCCGCCUUCCACCUCUCCAGAAUGGCGUCUUCCUCUCUCAGUAUGAAGUACAUGUGGAAAAGCAACUGUACAAUCAACUUUUGUUUGCCUUUUUUAUAUAAUUGUAUCAAUGGUUGUGUAAUGUGACUGUAUUCACAUCACUGUUAAUCAGCUGUUGUGUUCAUAGUAGGCCCCACCACAUCCACCUGCCCCCCCCCGACCCCACUCCUGCUACAGCAUUCCUUUGCCUGCGUACUUAAUUGCUUGCUGUCUUUUGAUAUAAUUACCAAUACCUGCCUUGGAAAAACAAUUCAUUCAGAUCUGCUCUUCAGCGCCUCCCUCCCUCCCUUCCCUAAAUGUCUUCACCCUCUCCCCUUCAGACGGGGAUUUGGGUCAAUGUGAACAAGGGAGUAAAAAGAACAAGGGUAAAAAAAAAAAAAAA